AUGGGCAAUUCACAGCCUUCACUGAACCUCAGUGGGGCUCUCAUGAGAAACUUCAAAAAGUCAUCACCCUGGGACAUGUCAGAAGUGAAAGAGUUGCCAUUUCAUAUUGUUUUUCUUGCAGCGCCUGCCAGUGUGCGUUAUGUCCACAAUGAUGUCACGGUCCCUGACUUCUCUGCCUAUCGCCGUGAAGAUGUGCUAGAUGCCACAACGUCCUCUCAGAGCAGCAGUGAAGAAAGAAAAGGGUUUUCCUACUUGGUGACUGCAACAGCAUGCGUAGCUACUGCAUAUGCUGCUAAGAAUGUUGUCACCCAGUUUAUUUCCAGCCUCAGUGCUUCUGCUGACGUGCUAGCAUUGUCAAAGAUUGAGAUCAAGCUAUCUGACAUUCCAGAAGGCAAAAACAUGGCUUUCAAGUGGAGAGGAAAACCCCUCUUUGUGCGUCACAGAACCCAAGCCGAGAUUAAUCAGGAAGCUGAAGUUGAUGUGUCUAAGCUGAGAGACCCACAGCACGAUUUAGACAGAGUAAAGAAACCGGAAUGGGUCAUAUUAGUAGGAGUCUGCACUCAUCUUGGUUGUGUACCAAUUGCUAACUCUGGAGAUUUUGGUGGUUAUUAUUGCCCUUGCCAUGGGUCCCAUUAUGAUGCCUCUGGCAGAAUCAGGAAAGGUCCUGCCCCCUAUAACCUGGAGGUUCCAACCUACGAGUUUGUUGGUGAUGAUUUAGUUAUUGUUGGCUGAAUAACUAAGUGCUUGCUCGCUUUCAUGUUCUGGUGAAUGUAUACUUAAAAGGGUUAACUGAUAUUCUGGAAUACUGUCAAACCGGAUGAUCCUAAAAAUACAUUAGCUUCAUUCUCAACCAGAAGUAUGUUUGAAUACUUCCCUGUGUUCAAUUUUAAUAAAAACUUGAAGUGAGCACUUGUUCCUGA